CGGCCAUUGCUCCAAGAUGGCGGCGGCGGCGGCAGCGGAUGCUGCUUUUGGCGGAGUUGGCUCAUUUGAUGUUUUCUGGUCCUUCCUUCAGCAGAGCAGCUGAGCUGGGGUGGAACCACCCUCCUAGAACACCCUCAGCCUGCAAUCUAGGAGGAUGCCCUGGACGCCCGGCCAGACUUUGGCCCCAUGCGGCUCACCCACUGCCAGGCUGCCCUGGCAGCUGCCUGCACGCUCAACUUCCUAGUCUUCAUCUAUUUCUCAUGGCUGCAGCACCAGCCCAGGAACUCUCGAACCCGGGGCCCCCGCCGGGCUUCUGCUACCGGUCCCCGAGUCACCGUCCUGAUUCGGGAGUUUGAGGCCUUCGAUAACUCAGUGCCGGAACUGGUGGAUUCCUUCCUGCAGCAGGACCCAGCCCAGCCCAUCGUGGUGGCGGCCGACACGCUCCCCUACCCACCGCUGGCGUUGCCCCGCAUCCCUAACGUUCGCCUGGCGCUGCUCCAGCCCGCCCUGGACCGGCCGGCAGCAGCCUCGCGCCCGGAGACCUACGUAGCCACCGAGUUCGUGGCCCUGGUGCCGGACGGGGCGCGGGCCGAGUCUCCAGGCCAACUGGAGCGCAUGGUGGAGGUGCUCCGGGCGGGCAGCGCGCGCCUGGUGGCCGCCCCUGUGGCUACUGCCAACCCGGCCCGGUGUUUGGCCCUGAACAUCAGCCUGCGGGAGUGGACUGCCCGCUACGGCCCGGCGCCCGCCGCGCCGCGCUGCGAUGCCCUGGAUGGCGACGCGGUGGUGCUCCUGCGCGCCCGCGACCUCUUCAACCUCUCUGCGCCCCUGGCCCGGCCGCUGACCACCAGCCUCUUCCUGCAGAGCGCCCUGCGCGGCUGGGCCGUGCAGUUGCUGGACCUGACCUUCGCCGCGGCGCAGCAGCCCCCGCUGGCCACGGCCCACGCGCGCUGGAAGGCGGAGCGCGAAGGGCGCGCGCGGCGGGCGGCGCUGCUACGCUCGCUGGGCAUCCGCUUGGUGAGCUGGGAAGGCCGGCGGCUGGAGUGGUUCGGAUGCAGCAAAGAGAGCGCGCGCUGCUUCGGCACGGUGGCGGGGGACACGCCAGCCUACCUCUACGAGGGGCGCUGGACGCCGCCUUGCUGCCUGCGCGCGCUGCGGGAGACAGCGCGCUACGUGGUGGGCGUGUUGGAGGCCGCGGGCGUGCGCUACUGGCUGGAGGGCGGCUCGCUGCUUGGGGCGGCUCGCCACGGGGACAUCAUCCCGUGGGACUACGACGUGGACCUGGGCAUCUACCUGGAGGACGUCGGCAACUGCGAGCAGCUGCGGGGCGCCGAGGCCGGCUCGGUAGUGGACGAGCGCGGCUUCGUGUGGGAGAAGGCGGUGGAGGGAGACUUCUUCCGAGUGCAGUACAGCGAAAGCAAUCACCUGCACGUAGACCUGUGGCCCUUCUAUCCCCGCAACGGGGUCAUGACCAAGGACACGUGGCUGGACCACCGGCAGGACGUGGAGUUCCCGGAGCACUUCCUGCAGCCGCUCGUCCCCCUGCCCUUUGCGGGCUUCGUGGCACAGGCCCCUAACAACUAUCGCCGCUUCCUGGAGCUCAAGUUCGGGCCCGGGGUCAUCGAGAAUCCGGAGUACCCCAACCCAGCACUCUUAAGCUUGACAGGAGGCUGAAGUCCUUGUGCCUGCAUCUGGGGCUGGGGGAACAUCCGGGCACAGCGAGCUGGUUUGUCUUUGGGGGUCUUUCUGGAUAUGGGAAGGUUGGUUUGAUUGGGCAGGAGGGCGCACACUGGAGAGAAAAGAGGUGAAUUGACCGAGGACGAGCCACGGGACGAGCCUGGCAUUAGCAGGAAGCAGACUCCGACCAGCGAUGCAAGCAACAUGCGGGUUCUUAAGCUGUGAGCGAAGGCUGUGUGUGGUGACCCCCUAGGUCAUCUCAGUAACGGGGGCGGGGGGAGUGCUGACCUUUGAUGGACAGGCCCAGGGAUGCAAGCCCUUCCUUCAGGACCCCUCACAGUCUGCCUCAGAUUCCAAGAACCCUGGACCCUUGGGAAGAAAUCCGGUGGACAGCCUGGCCAGCUUCAGUCUAUCACAUACAACUUAGGUGGGUCUGGACCAGUGGCUCAGUGUCGCUCUCUGCCUCAAACUCCCUCAGAUUCCGAAUGCAUAUAAUGGUAUCUAGAACCCUCAGGACCCUUGGCUGUUGCGUUUGCUUCCUCCACUAGAGGGCGCGGCUGUCCCGCUCCUUCUCACCUCCGGUGACUGCGGGGUGACCGCCCAGCGCCUCUUGUAGCCAUCCGUCUUUGGAUCUGAGAGGCGCUCUGGGAGGCGGGGCAGCAUGACCACCUACCCUCCGUCCUUCUGAGCACCCAACAGGCUGUGCCUGCUGCUAUGAACCCUGACUUGCUCAAGGAGGCGAGGGCUCUGGUUAAGUGCAUUUGGGUCCUGGCUCCCUUGUUACCACUUAUCUCAAUGCUCUGCACCUGCUGUCCCACUUGCCAGGAGGGGUAAAUCGUAAUCACAGCUCGCGUUAAUGGAGAACUUACUGGGAACCGACGUAUGGUGCUCAGAGUUACAGCCAGCAGGUUUUUCCUCCCACCCCCUUAAGUGACAGCUGCUAUCUCGUCUAUUUUCCAGGGAGGACAACUGAGGCCACAAUGGUGAGCGAAGUCACUUGUCCAGUACCCGAGGAUUUAGGAAGUGGUGAGUCAGGGACUUGAACUCAGACCAUCAUUCCAGGGCUCACACUUCCCCACUUGCCCCACUCUAGAAAAGGUACCCAAGGGGGCCCUUGGAGAGGCCGUGCCAUUUAACAUUUUUAAAAAAAGCUUCCUUUUAAGCUGGGCGUCGUGGCACAGGCCUUUAAUCCCAGCACUGGGGAGGCAGAGUCAGGUGGUUCUCUGAGUUCAAGGCCAGCCUGGUCUACAUAGUGAGUUCUAGGACAGCUGGGGCUACAGGGAGACCUUAUCUCAAAAAGACCAAAAAAAAAAAAAGCUUCCUUUUUUGGUCAUGCACGUGUGUAUUUAUUUAUAAAUUAUGUACAAAUACUACUGCCAGUCUAUUACUAAUACGGCUUAAAUUAUUCUAUUUAAAAUAAAAACAUCAGGAUGAACAGA